AGCUUCCGGCCGGUCGGAAUUCCGCUUCCCGUCUGACAUUGGCGUCUUUGCUAAGGGUCACAUUGAACUAACGCCGCUCCGGGGCAGUCUUUAGGCACCAGCACCAUGGCUGAAGACAUCAAGACUAAAAUCAAGAACUACAAGACCGCCCCCUUUGACAGCCGCUUCCCAAACCAGAACCAGACCAAGAACUGCUGGCAGAACUACCUGGACUUUCACCGCUGUGAGAAGGCGAUGAACGCAAAGGGGGGUGACGUCUCCGUGUGUGAGUGGUACCGGCGUGUGUACAAGUCCCUCUGCCCCAUAUCAUGGGUCUCAGCCUGGGAUGACCGCAUUGCAGAAGGCACAUUUCCUGGGAAGAUCUGACCUGGCCUGCCCACCUCUCCCCUGUUCUCUUUCCCCCGGAUAGUAAAGGGGCACCUGGGUAUGUGAUGGUCCCUACCCCGGGACCCUGAAUCAUGAUGCGACUGCUAAUAAAAACUCUGGAAAAGUUUCA